AUUUUAUUAUAGUGUUUAUUAAAUUUUUGUUUGGGAGUAAAAAAGCUUGAAUUUAAUUAAUACAAGGUUUCUCUGGGUUUUCACAAAUAUUAAAAAUACAGAUAGGUAGCCAGUUAGGUAUAAUUUUUUUACAUUUCUGAGUAUGGGAAAAAUUUCCAGAUUAUUUCAAAGAUUUUUGAUAAAUACAUUUGAUGGGAAUUGAUGACUGAGACAGCUACGCAAUGUCUAUAAGAUAUAUGAGGAAGCAUAUUUAUUAUUUGAAAAUAAAAUGUACCUACUUAGGUAUAGGUACGUUUUACUGUAUCUAAAAUUGGUGUGAAAUAUUAUUAUUUGAAUUUUUAUUCAAUAAAAAGUAAACGUUAGAGAGAUUUUUUAUAAUUAUAUUAAUUUUAAAAACCAUGAAAUAUUAUAUAAUAUAUCAUGGUGUACCAAUGUACCAUUUAUAUCAAAAUAAGUUAUGGAGGGGUUAAAUGUAAAAAUACAAAUUUAAUUUUAGAUUGUUAGUGGUCUGCCCACAUUAAGCCCACACAUGCCUCAUUGGCUAUUGCAGCAUUGCCUCUUAUGACUUAUUGAGCAUAAACAUAAUAUUACAUUGUAAACAUGUAGGUAGUUAUUUUUUUUUUAAUGGAUCCUAUUGUAUACUCUGAAAAACCUGAUUUUGUUAAUGAAUAUUUUAACAACAUACUCUUCUGGCAACAUACUAAUUGUAUUUGAUUUUAAUCACAUUUCACAUUUUUCAUGGAUCAACAAGAAGAACAAUUUCAAAAAACAAACGAUGUCGCAGCUUCCAAUCACUUGUUGAGCAAUGCACACAUGUCUAAUGGUCAUUCUUCUCAGAAGAAUCAAAAACCUGUAAUUAUUGAUACACGUGUGAUUAAACAUUAUGGCCGCAGGAUGAAAUUGAAUUGCAGGCAUGGGUAUAAUAUUUUAAUUCUCCAAAACGGAAAAGUAUCUAGUUCUGAUGAUGACAUAGAUAGUCAUUGUAUAAUGGAAUUCACAUCAAUGUCUCCUGGUCAUGUUCGUAUUAAAGGAGUUGAAGCAAAUUUGUUUUUAGCUAUGAAUAAAGAUGGACUUCUUUAUGGAGAGGCUGAUCCCAACAACAAUUCAACUAUUUUCAUUGAACAACCGGAGGGUCCUUACAGUGCAUACCUAUCUUUGAAAUAUCAACGAAAAAAAUGGUAUGUAGCUAUAAAAAAAAAUGGUAAAAUUAAAUUAGGCCCAACAACCAAAAGAGGACAACAUGCUACACAUUUUUUAACAAUUGUUGUAUAAUAUCGUACUACAUUCUUUAAUUUUUUUAAAAUACAAUUAUAAUAUUGUUAAAUAAAAUAUAUUAAUGUAUUUAACUAUUAUUUAUUUAAAUUUAUAUAUAUAUAUAUAUAAAACUAUGCUAUUGUGAACAGGUCUUGAUUAUUGUGUAAAGUAUGGAUUUGCAAAUAAUUGGCAUGUUUUUUUGCUGGACAGAAUAUAAUAUAUUAUAUUGUCAUUAAUUAGUAUUAAAUUUAUAACUCUUUUCUAAAAUUCAUAACAUUUACUUUUAAGUAAAGCUGUAUAUUGUUUAGCACACAAUACAGGUAUAUUGUUAUUUAUUUUGUAUUUUUAUAUUAUGAAAACAAUAUCAAUGCAUAAUACUUAUUUAAUGUGAAAUCGAAGCACUGUAAAGUCAAUGCAACAAAGGCUAGAAUAGUAUUAUACUGUUACUACUAUUAGUAUUAUUAAAUUAGACACUAGUCACUAUCUAUAUUUUGUUUUUUAAAAUUCUUUGUUAUAUAAUUAUAAUAAAUAAUUUUUCUAAAAGAA